AUGCUCGCUACGGGCGGCUCGGCUAUUCAGGCAAUCCAAGUGCUGCUGGAUCACGGGGUCAAAGCAGAGCGUAUCUUAUUCCUAAAUAUGAUUGCAAGUCCAGAAGGGCUCGAUGCGAUCUGGAACGCGUGUCCCCAAGUGCGCGUAGUUUCGGCAUGGGUCGAUGCGCGGCUCUCUGCGCAGAAUUGCAUUAUCCCUGGCCUCGGCGAUUAUGGCGAUCGAUACUAUAGCGGAUAG